AUGGAUCACGGAGGGCACGUCCAGCCGCACGUGCACGCGCAGGACCCCAUCAGCUUCGGCAUCGAUCACAUUCUGCACGGCGGCGGCGGCGGCGAGCACCCGUGCAUGUUGGCUACGAGGAUGCACGAGCCGGACUAUGGUCACCUGUACACGUGCGACGCCGGCAACGGCUUUCCAUGCGCGAGCGUUCACGGCGACGGCUACCACGUGAACGUGGGCUCUAACGUCAACUCGUCGGCGGUCAUCCGCGUGCCCGCGCACAGACCCGGGACCGGCGGGAGUUUGCCGUCCAUGACCGGAAGUGUCAACAACCUGAGCGCGCUCACCUUCCCGUGGAUGGAAAGCAACAGAAGAUACACCAAAGACAACUUCACUGUGUGUGUGACUCCACGCUCGGUACCGCGCCGUGUGGGACACCCUUACCAGAACCGAACUCCGCCCAAGAAGAAGAAACCUCGGACUUCGUUCAGUCGACUACAGAUCUGCGAGCUGGAAAAACGUUUUCAUCGACAGAAGUAUUUAUCAUCUGCGGAGAGAAAUAUUCUCGCCAAAGCGUUGAAAAUGAGCGACGCGCAGGUGAAGACUUGGUUCCAAAACAGAAGAACCAAAUGGAGGAGGCAGACGGCAGAGGAGAGAGAAGCAGAGCGUCAGCAGGCAAACAAAAUAGUUCUUCAGCUUCAACAAGAAGUUUUCCAGAAGUCCAUCAAACAAACUUUAGUUCCAGACGCGCUUUGCCUACAAAAUAAUUCUUUGUUUGCGCUGCAGAAUUUGCAGCCGUGGAGUGAAAACACUGCAAAGAUUAGCAGCGUGUCAGCCUGCGAAUGACUGUGUUCAAUUAUGUGUCAUAAUAUUUUCAUCAAGAACCGAAACUUCACAACUUAUCUGACUUAAGAA